AUGGCGAAAGACGAAAUUCAGGGAUCUCGGAUCCUCGACGACUCCGCAACUGAGAGGGGUGUCGAGUUGGGUGAACAGAAGGAGGAGUCUGAAAGGCCUGGAACUACAGACGGGCUUGAUUGGGAUAAUGCCCCAGAAAACCCCCUCAACUGGCCAGCAUACCAGAAAUUGUUGCAGGUCAUCAUGCUCUCUGCAACAGCUUUGUUGGCAUCCAUCGGCACGUCAAUCCUGAGCUCUGCUCGUUCCCAAAUCAUGGAGGAAUUCAACGUGAGCAGCACCGUCGCUCUCCUUCCUCUCACCAUGUAUGUUUUGGCCCUGGGCUUGGGUCCUGUCAUCGGCGGGCCUCUAUCAGAAACCAUCGGCCGAUAUCCCGUCUACGUCUCGUGUGUCCCCUUGGGUGCCAUCUUCACUGUCGGGGCUGGCUUCGUCCACAACAUCGGUGGACUGUGUUUCCUCCGGUUCAUGGCUGGUCUUUGCUGGGGCCCUGUCCUGGCUGUCGCGUCAGGGUCCCUCGCCGAGACAUUCAGGCCGAAGAGUCGAGGACCAGUCUCCGCAGUCUUCAUUAUGAUGCCUUUCCUCGGGCCUGGACUUGGUCCUGUCAUAGGAUCGUUCGUCGUGAACCGAAAGGGCUGGCGCUGGACCCAGUGGACCCUCGUCUUCUUCGCCAUCUUCGCCAUGAUCACCACGCUGUUCACCCACGAGACGUUUCACCCUGUGAUCAAGCGGCGUUUGGCCAAGCAGAGAGGCCUCAAAGUAGAACCGUCGCCUCCCAUGGCCGAUCGCCUCAAGACCUUCGCCGUCAUCGCUGUCCUGCGACCCGUUCGCAUGUUGUUCCUCGAACCCAUCGUCGGUUUUUUCUGCCUCUAUGUUGCAGUCGAGUUUGGCACACUGUUCAGUUUCUUCGCUGCAGUUCCAUAUACGUUUGGAACAGUCUAUCACUUUGGAAUAGAGAAGUCAGGCUUGAUGUUCUUGUCCAUCGUCAUCGGCUGUCUGCUCGGUCUUGUUACCAUCGUACUUUGCGAUGUGCUCUUGUACCGCAAGCAGGCUGCUACCUACGGACUCAACAAAAUCCCUCCAGAGUACCGACUCUAUCCCGCUAUGAUUGGAAGCGUCGGGCCACCAAUUGCCCUGUUCUGGUUCGGUUGGACAGCUCGAUCAGAAAUCUCGUGGGCUAGCCCAGCCGCUGCAAUCAUCGUCUUCGCCUGGGGAAAUCUCUGCAUCUUUGUUGGCGCUAUCCAGUACACGACGGACACAUACCACGGAAGCGUGGUGGCGAGUGCAUCAAGCGCAAACGGUCUUGCCCGGUACGGCUUUGCUGGAGUGUUCCCGUUGUUUACCAUUCAGAUGUACGAGAACUUGGGCAUUCACUGGGCAAGCAGCUUGCUCGGAUUUAUUGCGCUGGCUCUCUUGCCUGUGCCUUGGGUGCUGUUCAAAUUCGGCCCACAAAUCAGAGCCAGAAGCCAGUACGAGACCGUCAAGUACGAAUAA